AUGACCAUCCGACGAACCGCUUCAUUUUUGUCUCCUUGUUCACUCACCCUUGCGAGACGCUACCAAUCUAGUCAAACCCCGAGCUACCAGAACAUAACCUAUUCCAACCCAUCACCCGCAGUUGGUCUCUUGACUCUCAACCGACCGAAGGCACUCAACGCACUCUCGUCGCCUCUGUUUACCGAUAUCAACGAUAUCUUGAGCUCGAUAAACUCCUCCUCCUCUUCAGUUAAAUGUCUCGUCCUCACCGGAUCCGAAAAAUCGUUUGCAGCCGGGGCCGACAUCACCGAGAUGGCUGAGCGCUCAUUGGCCGAGGUCGUUUGGGAAAGAGAAGUAGGAAAAAGCAAUCGCGUUUGCUCCCGACACUGCAGGGGAUGCCGAGCCCCAAGCCUCCCCACGUCUCGCCGCGAGUUGGGCUACAACCUUCAGACCGGUGGGAGUGAUAACCAUCUCGUGCUUUGGGACCUUCGUCCGAUCGGGCUCACCGGCUCCAAGGUGGAAAAGAUCUGCGAUUUAUGCCACAUUACGAUCAACAAGAAUGCAGUCUCAGGGGACACAUCGGCGCAAGUACCUGGAGGCGUGCGGCUGGGCACCUCGGCCCUGACCUCGCGAUCGAUGGGUCCGCAAGAGAUGGUCGAGGCGGCCAACUUCAUGCAUCGGGCCGUCCAGAUCGCGCUCGUCUUGCAAGAAGAAGCCGGCUCUAAACAGCUCAAGGACUUCCUCCUCAAAGCCACGCAGGGCGACGGACAGGGAAAGAAACUGCUCGAGCAGUUGCAUCUCGACGUUGGCGAAUUCAGUCAUCCCCGAUCAGGACGACGAUCUGCCGGUCCGGCCGUUACGUCAGAGCAGCACUCGGGCCCGCACGCCCAUCCAACCGGUCAUCCCACGGUCCUCGGCGAUCACCAGGACAGACCUGAUAGCCUCGGCCGAGCGGACCGAUACCUGCUCAGCGGGGCCGAGAAGGAGAUCUACCUGCCCUUGAGCCGGCGCAUCCACAACUUCCCAAUCAACAGCACCAGUCUGCCGCAUGCGGGCAGCCCGGACUAUGACGAAGAAGCUAGCUUCUUGGCUAUGGUCCCCGACCUCUUUGUCAGGAAGAAAGAAUACAUCUUUCGAAGCAUGGAACGAGACACCUUUCCUCGGUUUCUGCGCGCCAAAGCCUUGGGUAAUCUGACCCCGAUGAGCAGCAUCAUCCGGUUAUCUGUGGGCUUGGUGGCCAUAUGGAUCGGCCUAUCGGUUGCUCUCUCGCUCAUAUUCAUUUGGCUUGAAUCACAGGCUGUCAAAUCCGCCAGGAUCAUCAAAGUGCAUUCAAUGUUCUGA